UCAACAUCCAAGCAAAGCAUCAUUUACUUCCUCACUAUGCACACACACUCCAUCUUCUUCCCAGCCACAUUCCCUUUCCUCUCUCUGUCACAACCAUGGUUCAUCUCCUCUUCACCACCACUCUCUUCAUUGCCUCACUUCCCCUACUAGCUCACACCUACCCCAACCAUGUCAAAGCCUGCAGAUCCUACUGUGGCAACAUAACCCUAGAUUACCCUUUUGCCCUCCAACCCGGGUGCGGCCACCCGGGUUUUCGAGACCUCUUGUUCUGCAUCAAUGAUGUUCUCAUGUUCCACAUACCCUCAGGAUCAUACAGGGUCCUAAACAUAGACUAUGCUUACCAAUCCCUCACAUUACAUGACCCCUACAUGUCGACUUGUGACUCGAUCGUGCUGGGUGGCCGGGGCAACGGCUUUGCAGUUGAGCAUUGGCGGGCCUCAUAUCUGACGCCCGCCAGCGACAACGUGUUCAUGCUAAUAGGCUGCUCAGCGGAGUCCCCACUUUUUCAAGGGUUCCCCGGGAAGCACUUGCCGUGCCAGAACGUUUCGGGCUUGGGCUGUGAGGAGUACUUGGGCUGUCCGGCGUGGGAUGUGAUUGGGCCAAAGCGGGUGGGCACGGUGUAUGGUUCAGGCCCGCCCGAGUGCUGUGCUGUUGGGUUUGAUGCAAUUAGGGCUGUGAACUUGACUAGGCUGGAGUGCCAGGGGUACAGUAGUGCAUACAAUGUUGCACCGGUUCGGAUUAGUGGGCCGGAUGGGUGGUCCUAUGGGAUUCGGGUCAGGUACUCUUUGCAAGGAAAGGAGGCCUUUUGUAGGGCAUGUGAGGCAACUGGUGGGUCUUGUGGUUAUGCCAUUGAUGGUGUCAAUGAGGUGUGCAUUUGUGGGAGCUGGAAUUCUACAUCAAAUUGUGAUUCAGAAGCUGCAAUGCACUCAUCAUCUUGUCGACCAACAUGGCAUCUAGUGGACACAAUAGCAGGGUUCUUGAUCUGUAUGAUUGUCUGGAUGACAUCCAGUCAAAGUUGAAGGCAUCCCACACAGCUGUAAUGAUCAUGUUUUGAAAUCCUCAAAAGGGAAAAAAAAUAUAUUUAAAAUCUACGCUUUGGCCAAACAAUGGAAGGGAAAAGAGUUCAUGAGAAUGCCUAGAAGUAAACAAGAUAUUGCAUAUGCUUGAGCCAACAAAAAAUUCAAUAAGCAAGUAAUGGUUAUAUAUGGACUCUCACCUUUAUUAUCCUUUGUUUCUAAAAAUUUUAGUCCAUAUGAGUUCCUUGCUUUUGAGAAUAAUCAUGUAUUUUUAUUUUUUUGUAAUUAUA